AUGAUAUUGUUGUCUCUUAUCAAGAGAAAUCCAAUAUGUCGUAUUUUCUUUGUAGUUAUUAUUCUGACAUUGAUCCUAAUUGCAAUAGUUGUAUUUCGUCAACCACAUACACAAAUCUUGCCAUAUAUACAAGUAGUAGAUGGUAUAACAGAACAAGCUAAUAUUAAUAAUAAUGAAUACUUUCCUCGUAUUCAUCAACCGUUAUCAUCAUCGUUAUUACGUGGCAUUAUAAUUUUUUAUCCACAUGAUCAAGAAAUUGUUUUCUUUUCUGAAUUAUUAUGGCUUUAUCAUUCAUGGAUCGAAAUGAUGAAAAAUGAACCAUCAUCAUGGCGAACAGAUUUAGUUAUUUAUACAGGGAAUUUUACUUUACGUCUUCAACGACUUGGCUGUGUUUAUAAUCGUAUUCGAACAAAUAAACACGAAUCACCACAAUGUCGUGUUUUCCCUUAUCAACGUGUAUAUUUACGUGACAUAAGAGAUAUAGAUAAGAUUGAUAAUCAUCUUUAUCAACAAAUUGAUAUAGAUCGUUCAAUAUUACUUAAAACACAUCUUCAAACCUAUGAAUAUAUAGAUUCAAUUAAUAUAAUUGCUGAAUGUUAUCCAUCAUUUGCUAUGUAUGAUUAUAUUUUACGUACAGAUAUAGAUGUUUUUUUAACACCACACUUUGGUCAUUUUGUUCCAUACAAUGACAUAUUACUUGCUGGUCGUGGUGGUUAUUCAACAACAUUUAAUACUGGCCGUCUCAGACGUAUUGCACACAAUAUGAAUUGGUUAUAUGCAAAUAUAACUAAUAUUGGAUCAACUUGGUAUGGGCCGCCACUUGUAGCUCAACGUAUUGCUAAUUUUAGUUUGGAAGCCAUGUUAUAUUUAUCAAUAAAUGAAUUCACAAUAGCAGAACGACAAAGAAGAACAGGCAUUUUACUUUGGCCUGAUUGGUAUUAUGGUGUUCUUUUGUUAUAUGGUUGUGAGUUGGCAAUUAAUCAUUUAAGAUUAAGUGAAAAUAUUAAUAUAGGUUUAGCUCAUACAUUAUUAGAUCAAUCAACAACAAAUAAAGAUCCAUAUGAUUUAGAAAAAAAUAAUCGUCUACAUUUACAUUGCUGGCAUACUCAAGAAGAUUUUUCAAAAUUUUCAUUUAAAGCUGGAAAAUAUAAUCGUAUACAUCCACGUAAAUUUAUCAAUGAUACAUCAGCAUCUGGUUUCGCAAUGCGAAUGGCAUUGGAAUCUCGUUUAAUGUCAUAUAUUGGUUUGAAAGAAGAGCUUAUGAAUGCGAAAAAUCCGUCAAGAUUAUAA